AGGAUGCUCUCACUUAGGUACUCAGCCUGCGGACGCGCGGUUGCAGCGCCCCAUUUAAGAGAAAAUCGUCGUUGGGUAAGCAGGAGGCAAAUACAGUGAUAUCCACAAGCCUUCUCAUCGCCAAGCUAUGGGCGAUUUACUUGAGCCCAAGGCUGUGCAUUCAACAUGUUGCGCCGGAUUGAGCGUCUUGGACUUGUUGGAGUGAUUGUUUUACUGCUCACGUUCGGAUUGUCACACGGCUUCUCCCCAUUCGCUCCGCCACGCAAAGUCUUCGACCUCGUCCUCUUCUCCACCGAACUCGACUGGCUCGAGAUCCGUCUGCAUACCCACGCACCCUACGUCGACUACUUCGUCAUAGUCGAGUCGCCCACCACCUUCACCAAUCGCCCCAAGCCCCUGCACCUGAAAGAGAAUUGGGCACGAUACAAGCAAUUCCACCACCAGAUUAUCUAUCGCGUGGUAGAAGACCCCAUCGUGAGCGCGCGGCACUGGGAUCACGAGGACUACCUGCGGAAUGCCCUUCUCCACGAAGUCUUUCCCAGCCUGGAGGGCAGCCAACAAGAAGCGCAGAAGCAUGACGUCCUCAUCGUCAGCGAUAUGGACGAGCUGCUUAGGCCUGACGCGCUGCUGCUCGUGAGACACUGCGCCAUCCCCAAACGCCUGACGCUGCGCUCGCACUUCUACUACUACUCCUUCCAAUGGCUGCAUCGAGGCGAGCAGUGGGCGCACCCGCAAGCCUCCACGUUUGGCGUAUCGGUGGAGAACACGCUCCCGCCCAACGACCUGCGCCAAAAUCUUUUGGGGCCUGGAUUACCUCUUUUCGCCGCCUGGUCGCGGUGGUGGGAGAGUGCGAAUCUGUGGAACGCCGGGUGGCAUUGCUCGAGCUGCUUUGCUAGCAUUCAGGAGGUGCACACGAAGAUGGACAGCUUUUCGCAUCAGCUGUGGAACACGCCUGCGAAUCGCGAUGUGAAGACGAUGGUGCAGCGCGUUCGCAGCGGAAUGGAUCUUUUUGCUCGUCCUGACGAGCUUUAUGAUCGCGUCACGGACAAUAAGGAUGUUCCGCAGUACGUGUUGAAUGCGUCGGAGCAUGAGGGGAGGUUUGGGUACCUACUCAAUCGCGACGGCGAGGAUGCUGGCUUCAUCGACUGGGCAGUGAAUUCUGCCCCAAAGGCGAUGCGAUAA